CUACUUUCUGUCGUUCUUUGUUUCUAGAUCUUCUUGUGGGAGUUGCUCCUUUCUACGUGGUCCAGGUGACCAGAGGUCACGGCUCUGUUUAGCGGACUUGAACGAAAUCGCGAGCGGAAUCGUUGCAUUGCUCAUUCGCCCGCGUCCACUACGUCUGUUGGUUGUGCUAGCGCUUCGUAUGACUUCCGGAAGCUUGCCCGCCCUUUUGGAAGCAGUUCUGAGCAACUCGCCGACUGCUCCCCCUCCAUUCGGUCGCAGAUGAUACGAUGGGUGUCGACCCCCUCUCCCCUAUUGCGCCCGUGCGCUUAAGGGCGCUGCUGUUACCCAUUGGCAAGAUAAAGCGCUCGAGGUUCUUGAGCUUCGCCGCAAGGCUUCAAGCCGAAAAUGUUGUCCGCUUGAGUGAUAUCAGUCCUGAUGCGCGACCCAAUCGAAACAUGUUCUCCCCGCUCGCCUUCCCUACCGGCAUGAUACUUUACGACUUGUCCUACUCCGUGCCCCCAACAUCUCACCUAGACCUCUUCCCUUUCGAGAUAUACCGAGAACCCCUGGUCAUCAUCGCAAUCGCAGACGGUGCAGAACUUGGCGAGAAUGUGAAGAAGAAUGAGACGGCAUCUGCGGCAGAUCAGCCGCCCACUCCGGGCGAGCUGGAGCAACUUCGACAGGAACUCGAAACACUCAAGGAGAGCAAUCCGAGAGCACUAGUACAUCAGCUCCUUAUCUUUGACUACGAAGGGGUGAAUAAGCUCACGAAUGGCCCUGGGGACGUUUCCUGGAUCCCACGACCUCAGGCGUCGAAGGCCACUACAAUGAAAACAGUCCUGUGUGAUAUUACGUCUCUCCUGCUUUCGGAGCUAGACGAGUUCGCGAAGACUAUUCAAAGCAUACCUUCCAUCGAAUCACCGAAGGCGUCAUCCUGGGGGCCCCAUCGCGGCCCUGACAUUCGCCCGCGGCCGACAGACAGGCUCUUUCACCGGAUGACCCUGCCUACACAUCUCCCAUCCAACCCCAAUGGCGCACCUGAAUCUCCCUUGAGCUCCAAACAAGGAUCGCCUGCGCCUAGCGAUCACGAGACUCCUACAACUUUCGAUGAAAUCACCCGAUCGAUACAAUUGGCCAACCGAUCCAACUCACUGGGCAAAAUACAUUCGCUGCCAUCGUCCAAGGAGCAUAGCCGGGAUCGUCUGUCUGUGAGCGGUAUGAGCGCAACUGAUCGGACCAAGAACCGGAUCAAGGGACGCUCAGGUGUUGUUGUUGGGAACCUGUUCCUUCUCGCCGGAAGAUGGCCAGAUGCUUUGAAAGAGCUGGUUGAAGCUGCGUCUAGUGCUAGAGCAAGCAGUGACUACGUGUGGCAUGCGAAAGCGCUCGAGUCCAUCCUUCUUUGUCUAUUGAUGGUCGCUUGGGCUGGAAUGGACUUUCAGAUCCCUCCUGUAUGCUACCCUGUCGCCGACAAGUCCUCAAAGCUAUCAUACAGCAGUAGCCUUGACACGAGUCUGUCUUCUCCUGGAAACCGUAUCAUUUCGCUUCAGAACCUUUCCAACCUAUUGCCUGACCUGGCGAACAAUAUCCUGAAUCUCUACAACCGUGCCGCCAACAUUACGGAUGAACCUCUGCCUCAACUUGUUUACUCCGAAACAGUAAUCCGUUUGGCAAGAUUAUUAGCGGCAGCUCGUAUUCGCGACGGUGCCUUGGACGACGUUGCUCUGAAGCAUAUAGUCAUGAACGAGUCCCUUCCACCUUUGCAUCGGCCAGAACGGCCUCGUGGUCUCAACAUACUUCGGAAAUCCGACAUUGGUAAUUUUCUUUUCCGCGCCCUGCCUCUUUCUCCUAGCUCAGACUUGCCGGCCACGGACGCCAUACCUAUUAUCGUUGGCGUAGUCUCCGUACUGAACGUGCUUGAUUUACCGCGGAAGAAAGCCUUUAUCCUAAGGGAACUUUUGUCCAUCAUGGUCCCAACGCUUGUCCAAGCCCGGAAGAUUGGCGCAGCAGAAGUGGGCGUUCAUCCUGCUGCUGGCUUGGCAUCUCUCAGCGACACGGCUUUUGAUAUUAAUGCCCUUGAUCUGGGGCCGGGGAACAUGGAGGAGAGCAUGCGCUCGCUUCUUGCUACUAUAGGUGACAUCUAUGGUGUCCAGCCAUCUUCGUUCUUCGAAUGGGAGAAGAGACGAUCUUCCACUGCGAGUGGGCAAGAUGCCUUGCCCGACUAUGAUUCGAUCACUGCUAUUGUCGAACGGGCUUUUCGGCACGCCGUUCUGGAUGGCUACGGUGAUCUCAACCUGAAAAUUGAUGUUCUCAAAGCGUGCAUUAGUUCUUGCGAAGCGCUCCCAGAUUUUACCGGCGUCCUUCGUUUCACAGUAGAACUCCUGCAGACCAUCAGAGGAGACUUGAUGCUUGGAUCUAACUACCAGCCACCGUACCUACCUCGCGACGAACAGAUCCGACUUUUGAAUAAUAUCAAGCGGACUGUCGGCGCAGCCAACAAAUUGGGUGCUUCUGGGCUUGAGGCAGAGUACUGGGAUGAUUUUCUCAUCCGUGGUGUUCAAUUGCUUUCUCUUCCAGAUCCCAGACGACCCGUUCGCCGCUCAAAGCCUGACUUGGAUGCCGUUACAGCUGAUCGCGAAAAGCCCACAAAAGACCCUUUUCUGUACAAUCCUUUCUCCAAAGCAAGUAAUAAGGCUGCUGAAUCAUUAAUGGUUGCUGGUGAAUACGCAGCAUUCCAAGUCACACUUCAGAACCCUUACGAGUUCGAUUUGGAGAUCGAAAAACUCACCCUCGAUAGCGACGGUGUACCUCUAGAAGCCGUGGCAGAGUGGAUCCUAAUUCCUCCGCUAUGCUUGCAAGACAUCACAGUCUAUGGCAAAGCUACUGGAGAGGGUGCACUCAAGGUUACCGGCUGCAUAGUGAAAGUCCGACACUGCAGAGAGCGCAGGUUUCCGAUAUUUCAAAAUCCCUGGAAGCCGGAAGCCGAAUGGAAAUUCAAACGCACUGGGCUUGCGGCCAAGAGGCCUUCUGUGGAGCGCCCACUUUCGUGGAGCUCAACAACCUCAAGAAAUGGCAAACAACUCCCCAAGAAAGGCCCUGAUACAUCAGUGUGCGAGAUCAAGGUCAUUGGCCAACAACCAUCAUUGGUGAUUGAGUCCCUGUCCCUGUCCCAGUCCGCGCUGAUGGUGCUGGAGGGUGAGUUGAGCUCCUUCAACAUUACACUCCGGAACACAUCGCCUUGUCCUCUUGAUUUCAUCCUUUUCACGUUCCAGGAUUCGACAACAAGACAAGUGCAGUCGGCUCUGAGCAAUAAAGACUUACUACCCGUCGAGAUUUACGAGCUGGAGCUAAACUUAACCAGACCGGCGUUGCGGUGGCGCCGAGAAGGUUUGAAUCCCGAGGACCACUCUAUUCCAGCAGGCCAAAGUGCCACGUUCACCAUCGAUGUUGUCGGAAAACCAGGUCUACAGGACACCACCGUGCAGAUCGACUACUCGUGUAUUGGAUCCUCGCAGGAAGGCUUGCCUGAUGUGUUCUAUACCCGCCAGUUGUUCGUCCCAUUAACUGCCACGGUCAAUGCCAGCAUCGAGGUCGCUCGCUGUGACAUUCUGCCACUCAGCAGCGACUUUGCAUGGUGGAACAACCCUGAGGCGGAAGCAGAACCUGACCAAAUCAGCACCAAUAUUCUACCCCCAUCCGCGAACGGUGAUCCGUUCUCACCUGUGCUUUCCCACCUCGCCAGGGGUGGAUACGGCCCUGAUCACUGUAUUCUUCUUCUCGAUCUUCGCAAUGCUUGGCCUAACGCCUUGUCGGUCACCUUACAUGUGUGCGAAAAGGCAGUGAAAUCCGACAUGAAAUGGCCUCCAGAACCGCCCCAGAAUGGAGAGGGCCAAUACACUGUUCACGGGGAGCUCCAGCCAGGUCAGAUGUCACGAUUUGUUCUUGUUCUUCCUCGAGCCUAUCUCGACAAUCCUCAUGCAUCUAUCCCAAUACUUAACACCGGUGUCAAGCGGCAGUUUGUCGUAAGUGCCAACAAGCUUACCUUCGAAGCCGAGGCAGCGACACGCGAGGCAUUCUGGUACCGGGAAGAGAUUCUCCAGCGAGUCUGCGGGUUCUGGAAAGAGAAAGCAGGCGUCCGUGAAGGAAUAGUCGACCUGCGCAACCUUCGCUUGAACGCGCGCAUGGUUGACUUCUUCCGGUUAGAAGACGUCGGCGUAACAUACUCUCUGGAACCCGCUUUUCCCAGUGACACAAAGAGCGUGGUACAAACAGGACGCUCAAAAUACGACGUCCAAACCGACGACAUGCUCAACCUCACCGUCACCGUCCUCAAUCGUUCCACUCGGCCCGUCCACCCUCUACUCCGCCUUCAGCCCAGCCUCCGCCACCAACCCAGCAAUAUUGCAUUAGAUCUAUCGCGACGCCUCGCAUGGACUGGGAUGCUCCAACAAGUCCUCCCCAUCCUGCAUAGCGGCGAAAGCACCACGGCCACCGUUGGUGUCACCGUUCUCUGCCGAGGAGAGUACGAAUUCGGCGCAACCGUCGAGGAACUACGGUUGCUGAAGCCGGUAACGGAGUCUGAGGACGAGUCUUCCAAUCCCACACAGGCCCAGGCAGCUUUCCAUGAUGACGAAGGAAUCAUCACGGAUACUUUUGGGGCAGAUGUGGCCAAGAAACGACGAAUAUGGCACGCCAAGGAGACUUGCGUUAUGAAUGCUCAUGACUGAAACGCUUCUCAUACAACUUUAGUGGUGAGAGUAGAGGGAAUGGGGAGGCUCAGUUCAUUUCAGCAUGCAUUUUUUUUCUGUCCAUAUUCGUUGCAUUCUCCGCCACGAGAAACACUAUCUUAAUCACGACGUAAAUGCAGACAUAGAGAGAGAGCGCCCUUUGUGUAUAUGUAUAGUUCAAAUGUUGUUUUUUUCUUUUUCUGUAUUCUCAUUAUUCCGACAAUCUUCCUUUUUAUGAAAUGCAUAUACGACAACGGAUGAAUCAUGUAUCAUGUAGGGAGUUAGUUGUGCGUCUCAUUGUGUUGCUCGCCUCUUUUUUUCAAAAGCAUGAUUAUCUACGCGAAGGAUUCCCUGUUCGAUAGCCUGGUGUGUAUCUACAGGAUAGAGCGUCGUUAUUGUAGUCAUGUAUUGUGUCGCUCAAAAGAAUGAACUAUUCAUUAUGC